AUGAAUUCCACUCGGGAAGAUCUGCAACUGACUGACGCACGCACACCAUACCGUGUCUGCUGCUCACUGACCACACCUGAAGCUCACCAAGACCGCAACUCUCAUCAUGCCCGUAGUCUUACCCGGUGACGUCCUCUCCCUCCCCUCCACCUCCUCCUCUGCUUCAAUUCGGCUCGGACCAGGACUAGUCUACCCAUCCGAAGCGGCUCGUACUACUGCUCCUACUCAGCUGCUGGUGACGAGGGGUGGACUGGUGGGCAAGGUGGAUGAGAAGGGCAAGGGAAAGGAAAAGGAGAAGAAGGGAGCAGGAUGGUGGAUCGAGGGACCGAUUGGACGAUACGUUCCCUCCCCUGGAGAUGCCAUCAUCGGUCAAAUCACCGCCAAGAAUGCCGAAUUCUAUACCCUGUCCCUCAAUAGCGCCCAUUCUGCCACUCUUCCCGUCCUCGCCUUUGAAGGAGCCACAAAGCGUCAUCGACCCAAUCUCAAGAUUGGAGCAUUAGUCUAUGGACUUGUGACUAGUGCAGAGAAUUGGAUGGAACCAGAGGUGACUUGUGUGGAUCCCAGUACGGGAAAAGGGAAUGGUAUGGGGGAAUUAGAGGGCAAGGAGGGGUCGUGUGGAAUGGUGGAGAUCAGUCUGGCGUUGGCAAAGAGUCUCCUCCGUCCCUCUCAUCCUCUCCUCCAAACCCUCUCCACCCACUUUCCCCUCGAAUCAGCCAUCGGAACCAACGGCCUCAUCUGGCUACGUCUCUCCCACCCUUCCCACUUCCUCGCCUCCAAGCUCGUCCUCGAAUCCGCCGAUCGGUACGGCACCGCUGGAAUCGAUGAAUUGAGUGCUCAUAGUGAGCCAGGAGAGGAAGAGUGGUUCUUAAAGGAGAAGAGGGCUGGGGAUUGGGGGAAGAAGCUGGCUGCGGGUUGGGGCAGGUUGGAUCAGAAGGAGGUGGCGAGGAUUGUGAGGAGUGUGGUUGGCUCGUGAACAUGGCGAAGAUGAGGCACGACAAAUACUAUCGCUCUCAUAGUUUU